AUGGUCAACAUGUCCAUGUCAAUAGUGUUACUACUAUUCCUUUGUAGUAGUAGUCUAAUUAAUGCUCAAUUCGCGAUCAGUAACACUGAUACAGAUAUAAUAUUAACUGGAUCAGAGGCACCGAAUGUUAGGAAUAUAUCAUUCACAGACAGUAAGAAUAAUAAGGUGUUUUUGACUGGUACAUUGUCAGAUGAUUCAACAAAGUGGACAGCAACAUUCGGUUCAUACUCUGAUUAUUCAACUGUGGCCGUCACUAUAUGUAAGGUUGCCAAGUGUAUCCUACAGCAGUGGACACCAGCAGGAGUCAUCACAUCUGUGAACUCAAUACCAACAUCUGGAGGCGAUAUUACAUUCAGUGGAAAGUUCUUCUUUGCUGCUGAUGAUGGACUGUCGCCACAGUUCACCCUUGGUGGCAACAAUGUACCAAUUGGUUCCAACCCCAUGACCAUCGAUCCAGCAGGUCGCUUCAUCACAUUCGCCAUGCAGGACUCAUACUCUGGAAUCAAUCUCGAUGUCAGCAUCCUGAUCAGUGGCAACAAGUUACAAAACUCACCAUCCUACAAUGGAAAGUUCAGCUACACAGCUCCAUCAAUUUCAAAUGUUAGCCUUGUUAGCAAUGUGUAUAUUGUUGAUGGCGCUAGCUUUGGAAAGGUAUUCAACAAGGUAUCAGCUUACCUCAAUGGUGUCCAAGUUGGAGUUGAUAUUACUGGAACAUUGAAUCAUACCAAUCUCAAGAUCCCACUGACCAACGCAAUGAUGUGUCCCGGUCCCCAGACAUUCCAUCUGAUCGUGGACAGUGCCGUCCAGGUAACCAACUACACUCGCAACCUUGUACCAAUAAUCAACUUGGUAUCAUCAGUACCAUCAGCUGGAGGAGUACUAACAGUGUCUGGUAACUACCUGUCUUUGACCAACAUCGAUGGUUCGUCCGCAACCGCGUCAGUGGAUGUGGGUGGCAUAGCAUGUACAGAGCCAUCCAACCCAGCUGGCGACAUUGGCCAGAUCGCCUGUAACAUGCCUGCGGGAUCAGGUACCAACAAACUUGUCCGCGUGACCAUCAACAACAUCAACUCGCAAGAGGUUGUCAAGUUCUCGUACGGCGCACCACAGAUCAACAAGGUCCAGCAAGACGGUCCAGUGAUCACACUGACCGGAUACAGUUUUGGUGACAUCACAACAUUGGUUGUGUUUGGCGAUGGCACCAAGGCUUCGCCAAGCUUUGUCGAUGCUAAUGGCCAGACGCUCGUGUUCACUACGCCCAACACCACAAGGAAUGGCAAGAUGUACAUCCAGGUGGGCAACCAACAGUCACCAACAGUGAGCCUGAAGUUGACCCCCAUCUUCCACAGCGUCACGAUGUCGCCCACCAACGGUAGCACCAUCGCCAUGCACGGCCAGUUCCUCUCGACGUUUGACAGCCUCAACAACGCGUUGCCCAUCAACAUCAACAUCUCCAAGCUUGUCUGCAUUACCCCGAGGAACCUGGACAACGACUACACCGUACUCUACUGUGAUAUCCAGGCGGGAGCUGGUGCCAACUACCCUGCUGCGAUAACCAUCGAUGGCCGCACGACCAAGGAGGCCGUCAACUUCUCGUACAUUGCACCCAACAUCACAGACUACUCGCAGGUGGGCACCUUUGCCUACUUCACCGGCACCAACUUGGGCCCAUCUCAGGCCAGCCUCCAGGUGAAGUUUGGCGGCGCCAAGUACAAGGCGCUGACACUGAGCAACAACAGUAACAUCACGAUCGAGUACAACGAAGAGACGCAGGUCGGUCCGUACAACGUGUCGUUUGUCGUGGGCAACCAGGAGACCGCGCCCCUCAGCAUCACCAUCGCGCCCUCCAUCGUCUCGAUCUCGAGCGUGCCAACGAGCGGCGGCGUCGCGCAGAUCAGAGGUGGCAUGCUCUACUUCCAUCGCACAAAUGAGCAAGGCAAUGUGACCACGCUGCCCAGCAACAUCACCAUUGGCACAUUCACAUGCAUCGAGUGGGACUCUGUCAAUGGCUCGGUCAUCAACUGCAAGAUCCCACCCGGUGUUGGCACCAACUAUCUUGUCUCCAUCUCGAUCGACAACAUCUCCACCCCAGCAUCCAAUGCUCCAGUCUACUUUAACUACUUGCCACCAGUAAUUGAGGACGUGCCAUUGAGAUGCACGCAAGACGGUGGUCCAGUGUCGAUCACUGGAUACUCUUUCGGACUGCCAUUGUCCGUGUCGAUUGGAGGUGUUGAUUGCUCGUCUCCAGAGCUAUCCAGUGACAACCUGACGAUAACAUGUACGAUGCCGGCAUGGGAUUUCUCCAAGAGUGAUGUGCCCGAUGGUGUAUUGGACGUGGCUGUCACCGUGGACACGCAGACGACCACCAAGAACAUAUUCUCGUAUGACCUAGUAGCACUUAGAGACAAACAGGCAACUGAUGCAAGGAAUGCCCGACUGAAAUGGUUAAUACCAGCCAUCGUCGUUCCAACCGUCGUUGUAAUAGUCGUAGGCAGUGUUGUAGCAUCAAUCUUUAUCAAAAAGCACAUGAAGGAGAAGGAGUUGAGGAAGAUGUUUAAGAAAUAA